ACCUGUCAAACUUUGACGUCACAGUCUAGUGCAGUAGACGUCAAUUAUUAUUAAAUUUUACUACUCUACACGCUCUUCAAUUAAUAAUUCCUCAUUCUUAUUUAGACACUCUAUAGAGAAAUUGCGAUAAAUUCUUUUAUAAGAACUGGUAGGUCUAUCUCUAGGGCAAAUGCUACAGCACCAACAACAACAAAACGUCAAAUAAAGACAGCUGUCAGGAGCGACAACACAACAGCUGACAGCUCAUUGUUUACACUAUAAUUGGUAUGCCGCUUGGUGACCAAUUGGAAAACCAGAACCCCACCCUCUAUUUAAAGACAGCCGAACGCCCUUUGACCGAUUGCGAGUUCGAUGACUCAGUAGCUGACGAGUUCGAUUCCAGGGAAAUUUUUGAUUUGAUUAGGACUAUCAAAGAUCCGGAACAUCCGCUGACCCUAGAGGAAUUGCAUGUGGUGCAAGAGGAUUUGAUCAGAGUCGAGAAGAAUGAUGUGCAGGUGCACUUUACCCCGACAAUACCCCAUUGUAGCAUGGCUACACUGAUCGGGUUGUCGAUCAGGUUUAAGCUUUUGAUGUGCCUUCCCACUCGGUUUAAAGUUUCGGUCAAGGUGACCCCCGGGACGCACAACGCGGAACUCCAAGUGAACAAACAACUGGCGGACAAGGAACGAGUGGCCGCAGCCACCGAGAACGUUCACCUGAUCAAAGUGAUCAACGAGUGCAUCAUAAUCCCCGACCGGCGUCGC